GGGCGGGGGCCGGUCCCUGCACCAGGUGACCUGUUCCGGCCCGUAUCCGGGCGGCCUCGCCAUGCAGCGGCGCGGCGCGGGGCUCGGGUGGCCGCGGCAGCAGCAGCAACAACCCCCGCCGCCCGCGGUCGGCCCCCGGGCCGCAGCCAUGGCCCCCCCGAGUGGCGGCGUCCCCCCGGGCCUCGGCGGCCGCCCUGCCUGCGCGCUGUUCCUACUCUGCUACCUGAAUUUUGUGCCGUCUUUGGGCAGGCAGACUUCCCUGACUACGUCGGUGAUACCCAAAGCUGAGCGGAGCCUGGCUUACAAAGACUUUAUUUAUUUCACUGUCUUUGAAGGAAACGUUCGCAACGUUUCUGAAGUCUCGGUCGAGUACUUAUGCUCUCAACCUUGUGUCGUCAAUUUGGAAGCAGUCGUUUCUUCUGAGUUCAGAAGCAGCAUUCCCGUGUACAAAAAGAGGUGGAAGAAUGAGAAACACCUUCACACCAGCAGGAGACAAAUAGUACACGUGAAAUUUCCGAGCAUCAUGGUUUACAGAGAUGAUUAUUUCAUCAGAUAUUCCAUUUCGGUGUCCGCGGUGGUACUACGCGCCUGGAUUACUCACAAAUAUAGUGGUGGAGACUUAAAUGUUAAAUGGGAGGAAAACUUGCUAUACGCCGUGGCGACGAAUUAUACUCUGCUGACUACCGUCCCGCCUUUUGAACGCCCUUUCAAAGAUCAUCAAGUGUGCCUUGAGUGGAACACAGAUUAUAUUUGGAACCUUCGAGCAAACAAGAUUCCCCAGUGUCCUCUUGAAAAUGCCGUCUUGCUGUUUGCAGAUGUGGUCACCCUCCUGGGCUUUCUCUAUGCUUCCAGUGGAGAAAACACAGGCAUUGUGAAGAAGUUCCCGAGGUUUCUGAACCGAGAGCUGGAAGCCACCCGACGCCAGCGGAUAGAUUACCCAGUGUUUACUGUUUCAUUGUGGCUUUAUUUACUCCAUUAUUGCAAGGCCAAUCUCUGUGGAAUUCUGUACUUUGUUGAUUCUAAUGAGAUGUACGGCACACCCUCUGUAUUUCUUACCGAAGAGGGCCACUUGCAUAUUCAAAUGCAUCUAGACAAAGGAGAAGACCUCGCUGUAAAAACUAAAUUCACCGUACCUUUGAAGGAGUGGUUUAGACUGGAUAUCUCUUUUAACGGAGGCCAGAUAGCAGUGACCACCAGCAUUGGACAGGAUUUGAAAAGUUACCAUAAUCAGACCAUUAGCUUCCGGGAGGAUUUCUAUUAUAAUGACACCGAUGGGUAUUUCAUUGUUGGAGGGAGCAGGUAUGUGGCCGGCACUGAAGGGUUUUUCGGACCCCUGAAGUACUACCGCCUCCGCUCUCUGCACCCUGCGCAGAUUUCUAAUCCCCUCCUUGAGAAGCAACUUGCUGAACAAAUCAAGUUAUAUUAUGAAAGAUGUGCAGAAGUUCAAGAAAUAGUGUCUGUGUAUGCAUCCACGGUACAGCAAGGGGGCCGGAGACAAGAAGCAUGUGACCUCCAGAACUCCUACCUGGACCUGAAGCGCAGGUAUGGGAGCCCGUCGACGUGCAGAGCCUUCCCCUGGGAGAGGGAGCUGAAAGAGAAGCACCCCAGCUUGUUCCAGGCCUUGCUGGAGAUGGAGUCGUUGACUGUGUCAAGGAACCAGAAUGAAUUUGUAUUAGAAAUCGGUGGGAGGAUAUUUGAGAAAGCUGUAAGGAGACUCUCCAGUGUUGAUGGUCUUCACCAAAUUAGCUCUGUCAUCCCCUUUUUGAUGGAUUCCAGCUGCUGUGGAUACCAUAAAGCAUCCUACUACCUCGCAGUCUUUUAUGAAACUGGAUUAAAUGUACCUCGGGAUCAGCAGCAGGGCAUGUUGUAUAGUUUGGUUGGAGGCCAGGGCAGUGAGAGACUGUCCUCAAUGAAUCUUGGCUACAAACACUACCAGGGUAUUGAUAACUACCCCCUGGACUGGGAGCUGUCCUACGCCUACUACAGCAACAUUGCCACCAAGACGCCCCUUGACCAGCACACGCUACAAGGAGAUCAGGCAUAUGUUGAAACAAUUAGACUAAAAGAUGAUGAAACACUCAAGGUACAAACAAAAGAAGACGGAGACGUCUUUAUGUGGUUGAAGCAUGAAGCUACCCGAGGCAAUGCGGCAGCUCAGCAACGACUGGCCCAGAUGCUGUUCUGGGGCCAGCAAGGUGUGGCCAAGAAUCCGGAAGCGGCGAUUGAGUGGUACGCCAAGGGCGCCCUGGAGACCGAGGACCCGGCGUUAAUCUACGACUAUGCCAUUGUGUUAUUCAAGGGUCAAGGAGUAAAAAAGAACAGACAGCUUGCGUUAGAGCUGAUGAAGAAAGCCGCUUCCAAGGGAUUGCAUCAGGCAGUCAAUGGCCUGGGAUGGUAUUACCACAAGUUCAAGAAAAAUUAUGUGAAAGCAGCACAAUACUGGUUAAAAGCAGAAGAAAUGGGGAACCCAGAUGCAUCAUACAAUCUUGGAGUCCUGUAUCUGGAUGGUAUUUUCCCAGGAGUUCCUGGAAGGAAUCAAACUUUAGCUGGUGAAUAUUUCCAUAAGGCUGCACAAGGGGGACACAUCGAAGGAACCUUGUGGUGUUCCCUCUACUAUAUCACAGGCAACCUGGAGACGUUCCCUAGAGAUCCCGAGAAGGCUGUUGUAUGGGCAAAGCACGUAGCUGAGAAAAAUGGUUACUUGGGCCAUGUCAUUCGCAAAGGCCUCAAUGCCUACCUGGAGGGCUCAUGGCACGAAGCUUUGCUGUAUUAUGUUUUAGCAGCAGAAACUGGAAUUGAAGUGUCACAGACAAAUUUAGCACACAUCUGUGAGGAGCGCCCAGACCUGGCCAAGGCAUACCUGGGUGUUAAUUGCGUUUGGAGAUACUAUAAUUUCUCUGUUUUUCAAAUCGAUGCUCCUUCAUUUGCAUAUUUGAAAAUGGGAGACCUUUACUACUAUGGCCACCAAAACCAGUCACAAGACCUUGAGUUGUCCGUGCAGAUGUAUGCCCAAGCAGCACUGGACGGAGACUCACAGGGAUUUUUUAACCUGGCCCUGCUAGUUGAGGAAGGUGCUAUAAUCCCGCAUCAUAUUUUGGAUUUCUUGGAAAUUGACCCAACUAUCCAUUCUAAUAACAUCUCCAUCCUGCAGGAACUAUACGAAAGGUGCUGGAACCACAGUACUGAGGAGUCCUUCAGCCCCUGCGCCCUGGCCUGGCUUUACCUUCACCUACGGCUUAUCUGGGGCGCCAUCCUGCACUCUGCCCUGAUCUAUUUUCUGGGAACCUUCCUGCUGUCCAUAUUGAUCGCCCGGACCGUGCAGUAUUUCCAGUCUGUCUCAGCCACCAGUUCCCGUCCGACACCAGCCCGGGCUUCCCCAGACUCCACCGCUCCCAUUGCAAGUCCAGCUGUGACUCCAGCUGCAGAUGCCUCCGCUCAGGACCAGCCCACGGUCCCUAAUAACCCAGAGCCUCGUGGGUGAACUAUGCACUCCAGGUCUCUCCAGAUGAGAGACAAUCCUUUCAACGGCUGGUAUUGGGAAGCUGGGGCCACCGCAACAUACUGAUAAACACCUUAAAUGUCUUGUCAACUGGAUGCAAAUUUUGCACUUGGUGUCUUUUGUUGUUUUUUUUUAAAUUGAAUUACAAAGAAGUACCCAGAGCAGACACUGGUUAUACCAAAGGUUAUCAAACCAAUGCAAGGAAGAUCCUGGUCAUAGGGGUGUUGGGGAGGUUGCCAGGGUUAUUGCCGACGUCCAUUCCUGGCGAUUGUGUGUAUGCCCUGUGGCAUAUCGGCAUCCUUAUACACUGAGAUGUAAUUUAAGAAUUUUUAGCGCCUUGUUCUUUCCCUUUUAUUAAAGAACAGAAAAUUGUGACUUCUCUACCAGUUGGGUAAUAUUUCAGUACAAGUGUUUGCCACAACCCUGCUCCUCAAAGUCCAAUCAACAGAUUUCAAUUUAACUUCCAAAACGCAGCAGUUCUAAGGCACCUUGAAAUACACAGGUUGUGGCCACACAUGCAGGGAAGGCGAUGGCUUUUGUAAAUUGGUUUACAUUUUUCUCCUUGAAUUUUUCUAAGGUCGUAGUGCUUCCAAAUCACUUAAUGACAUUGUUGGAUAUGGUUUACUUUUCAAUUGCAAUCCAUAAAAUAACAUUUAGAAAAUUCUUAGUAUUUAAGCGUAGUCUUCUCCAUGAAUUACCCCUUAGAAUAGCCUGGCAGCAGUGGGUAUGCAGGAAACACGCCUUUAGCUCAUAGUCUCAUCCCAGCCUUCUGCCCCUUCUGCCUGCCUGAGUCCAUGAAGGGUGUGCGUGUGUGUGUGUGAGCGCGUGAGCGUGUAUGUGUGAAGAAAGGGGGAGAGAAAGGCACAGAGAGAGGGAGAGGAAGGGCAGACCGACUGUACACUGUAUGCUGCUAAGGUAGUAGAUAAAUCAGUAAUGCAAUAUUGGUCCAAACUACUCUUUGCACUACUUUAUUUACAGUAGUAAAUAAAAAUUAUUUUUAUACCAUUGA